AUGCGAGGAAAUCGAACGAUUCGACUUGACGUUAGUGGUGGAGAAUUUCUGAAUCCUGAGGGACUUAAAGAGAUGGCGGAAAAUUUGAAACGAGAAAUGGAAACACAUUCGGAUAUUAUUCUUGGUGACUAUGAAGAUACGUACUUCAAUCUCUCCCUGAAAACCCAAUAUGUCUUUACUUGGGCUGCAACAUUUUGUCGAAAGAGUCGACCAAUCUUUGUCUUCGUAGACGAUGAUGUACCGUUCUGUGAAAGACGUUUGCUACGUAGCCUUCUAGACCUUAGCCCCAUGGAAAGGCAGGUCCUUUUCCACGGUCGUCCUCUUCAUGGAAAUAAAGUAUUUCGUUUCGGGAGAAAUGAGGUGGGGAAGUGGAGUGUAUUCAAAUCAGAAAUCCCUUGGCCCGAAUUUGUUCCUUAUUUGAUGGGCUGUUAUCUAAUAAUUAGUUUCGAAAACAUUGAAAAAAUUGCUUUAGGGAUGUUGUUUACCCAAUCCUUUCCCAAUGACGACGCAUGGUUAUGUACAAUUGCAUAUCGACUGGGAAUUGAGAUGAAAUCGGUGGAAAAGAUAAUGCGGAGAUAUCAAAUUCCAACCCAAAAGCCUACUUACUUCAAAAGCAUACAUAAGAAAUGUUUUGACUUUCAUUAA